UCAGAGACGGAGAAUGAGGAAGCGAUGCUCCUGCCCAGUAAUGCUUCGAAUAAUCCGGACUUGUCGAACUGGAUGGUUUUCACGAAUCUUACGAAAGCCUCCAUGGGAACGGGCAUACUUGCUAUGCCGAUGGCUAUACGCAACGCUGGUUUGAUAGGACUUCCCUUGUUUGCAGCUAUAGCAGUUGUCUGUGUCUACUGCAUCCAUCUACUGGUGCUGUCUUCCCGUACGCUCAGAAGAAGACUAAUGGUUCCAGCCUUGGAAUACGCCGACACUGCUGCUGCAGCUUGCAAGACCUCGAGGUCACCCGUCCUGCGGAGAAUUGCUCCAUUUGCCAGAGGUUUCACGGAAGUCGUCUUACUGGUUUACAUGAUAGGAGUUUGCAGUGUCUACGUGCUGUUUGUUAAAGAAAACUUAAAACAGCUCAUCGACGUGUCCUGCAAAGAAAAUGAGUCGAGUUCAAUUGAUUAUUUUCUGCAUCUGGCGCUGGUUCUAAUGGUUCUGGUUGCUAUACCAAACCUGAGUAGCCUCAGCAUCGUCUCUUCUAUUGCAAAUAUAACAAUGGUUGUUGGCGUGGUGAUGUGUCUAGGCAUCAUCUGUUACCAAAUAUACAUUGACCAAGCUGCAUCACUGGAAUACUACAGGAAAACGGAUACAUGGUCGAAUGUAACAAUAUAUAACGUUACAGUCGAAGCUUGGGCUGGUUGGGAUAGAAUACCGCUUUUCUUUGGGACCGCCGUCUUUGCACUCGAAGGAAUAGGCGUGGUAUUGACGCUCGAAAAUCUGAUGAAGGAUCCUACUAAUUUCCUGAAAGGCUGUGGCGUUCUGAAUUUUGCUAUGGCCAUAAUUACUAUCCUGUACAUUCUGAUGGGCUCCUUGGGUUACUUGGCAUACGGCGAGAAAACGAAAGGAAGCAUCACACUGAACCUUCCACCAAAUAACACCCUGGCGUUGUGGGUGAGAAAAACGGUGACGCUGGCAAUAUUUCUGACGUACCCGCUGCAGUUUUACGUCCCGGAAGAGAUCCUAUGGAAAUGGAUGAACGUGAUAAUACAGUCUUGUUUCCGUGUGGGGUCACUACAGCGCUUUACGCACUGCGCCGGAAGGCGCGAAGAGGUCGGUCAAGCACCCAGGUUCCUCUUCAAAGUACUCCUCAUGUUGGCCACAGUCUGUUUGCCACUUAUAGUACCGAGACUGGGUCCAGCAAUUUCACUGGUUGGCGCAGUGUGCCUGUCAAUGCUCGGGCUUAUACUCCCAACGAUUAUUCAUGCCAUCACAUACUGGGAGGAAAUAUCUCAGAACAUAAGAGAACCGACGGUAUGGUCGCGAAUGGGCUUGCACGUGAUUAUAGUCAUUAUUGGUCUUCUAGGCUUAGUUACUGGUCCAACAUGGCUUCCAGUGGUGGGCAACUAUUGGGGCAUCCGCCGUCUGGGCGAAAAGUUCGGAUCGCAGCACGAGGCAUACGCGUACCUCGCCCAGAAGUAUGGGUCUCCCCUGGUGGGCCUUCGUCUGGGCGGCGACUUGACCGUCAUCGUCUCCACCAAGGACCUGAUACGCGAAGUGCUCACGCGACCCGAAUUUGAAGGACGGCCCCAAAACUUCUUUGCGUACCUUCGCAACUUGGGGCAGCGAAGAGGUAUUUCGUUGGUUGACGGCAAGCUGUGGCAGGAACAGCGCGCUUUCGCAAUGCGUCACCUGCGUUCGUUGGGAUUCAAUGGGGCAGCCAUGCAGGCUCAAGUGGAGGAGGAGGUUCGCGCCCUGCUGGAAGAACUGAGCGACAGCUGUGGGAGGCCGACACAGCUCAAGAACCUGCUGCCGCCCUCCGUGCUCAACGUCAUUCUCCAAUUCUGCGCUGGAUACCGCUUCCCCCGCGGCGACCAGCGCCUGCAGACGCUGCUCAAUCUAGUAGAAACUCGUUCGCGCGCCUUCGACAUGGCUGGAGGCAAACUCAGCGCCAUGCCGUGGCUGCGAUUCAUCCAGCCCGAGGCAACGGGAUACAACGCACUCAUCAAGUUCAACGAGAUGGCGCGCGCAUAUUUUAUGACAAUUAUCGAAGACCAUAAGGCAACAUAUACGCCAGGGAAAAGGAGAGAUCUCAUAGAUGCAUUUGUCUAUGAAAUGGCGAAAGCAGAAGAGCAGCAAAAUGAAAAUACAACUUUUACUGAGAACCAGCUUCUCAUGCUGUUAUAUGACAUGUUUGUCGCUGGCUCAGAAACGACAAGCAACUCUCUUCGAUUUGCUUUUCUUAUGAUGUUACGGUAUCCUGAUGUCCAGGAACGAGUGUACAAAGAGAUAAAAGAAGCAGUUGGUAAUGAUAAACUUCCAACUCUUGAGGACAAAGACAGAUUGGUUUACACCAGAGCUGCUAUUAUGGAAUCACAGAGAAUGUGUUACGUCAUACCAACACGUGGAAUUCGACGGGUGCUAGAAGACACCACCCUACACGGCUGUAAACUUCCAAAGAAUACAGUUGUCCUGACAAACAUUUGGUCAUUGCAUAUGGAUAAAGACCACUGGGGCGAUCCUGAAGUGUAUCGACCAGAACGUUUCAUUACUGAAACUGGAAAGCUUAGAGAGGAUGAUGCAUUCUUACCAUUUGGUCUUGGUCGACGUCGGUGUUUGGGGGAGCAAUUGGCAAAGUUUUGUUUAUUCCAGAUGUUUGCUGGAGUCUUGCAAAAAUUUCGUCUUGUUCCUGCUAAUGGUACUGGACUGAAGCACUCUAAUGUUGAGGGCAUUAAUCUUGCACCAAAACCUUAUGACAUUAUUUUCAAACUUCGAUAACAUUGCAACAAUUGAAAAGUAUUAUUACUUUCAUUACUGCAACAACAACUAAUAGACGAAUAUAUAUAUGUAAAUUA